GAGCAGAUCCCCGAGCAGCAACUAACAGGCAACUAACUCCUGCACUCAGACAUAUAUGUGUGUGUGGUGAUUUUAUUUUUUCCUUCUUGCUUACAGCUGAUUUGUAGGAUUACAGCGGACAAGUUUUGGGCUAACAAGCAUCCAGUUUGUGGAAAAUAAUGGCACUGCAGCAGGAUAAAGAACCAAGCAUUGAGCUUUUCAUAAAAGCAGGUCAUGAUGGAGAGAAUGUGGGAAACUGUCCCUUCUGUCAGAGUCUCUUCAUGGUGCUGUGGCUGAAAGGAGUCAAAUUCACAGUUACAACAGUUGAUAUGAGGAAAAAGCCAGAGGAGCUGAAGGACUUAGCUCCAGGGACCAACCCUCCUUUCCUCCUGUACAACGGUGUCCUUAAGACUGACUUCAUGAAGAUUGAGGAGUUCCUGGAGGCAACCCUUGCCCCUCCCAGAUACCCUCAUCUCAGUCCUCUGAAUAAAGAGUCAUUUGAUGUGGGUGCUGACAUUUUUGCCAAGUUUUCAGCUUUCAUCAAGAACAGUCCAAACAACAGAGUACAAGAGCAGGCUUUGCUAAGGGAGUUUAAACGCCUUGAUAAUUAUCUAAACACACCACUGCCCGAGGAGAUAGACCACAACUCCACCGAAGACAUUUCUGUCUCCCAGAGAAAGUAUCUCGAUGGCAACCGCCUGACGUUGGCAGACUGCAACUUGCUGCCCAAAUUACACGUGAUCAAGGUUGCUGCCAAGAAAUACUGUAACUUUGAGAUCCCGGCUCAUUUCACCGCCGUCCAUCGCUACUUGCAGAAUGCAUACGAGAGAGAGGAGUUCAGCCAGACUUGUCCAGCCAACAUUGAGAUUGAGAAAGCCUAUCUGAGAGUCACUAGCAACAGGACAUAAAUCAGUGUCAAGAGAAUAAUACAUUUCCUUUAACUUCAUAAACAAAGCCUAAAUUUUGUAAAUAGCUUUAAAUAAAAUAAAAUAUCAGGUUCCAUUUAUAUUCUGUGAGUUUGAUAUGAUAUUGAAACAUUUGUUAAUUGUACUGCUCUGCCAUUUAAUGGUUUUACAAUUCAUUAAGCCCAUGAACCUUAUUCUUAAAAAAUGUUAUUUAACCAUGAAUCAUUUGUCAUAUUGGCAUAUUAUAUUUUUUAAAUGCAAAUCCCUGAAUAUUUUUUGUAUAAUUCUGCAUAACCCCUGCAUAAUCUUUAAUGAAGCCUGUUGAAUAGAUCAUAUGUCCAAUGUAAUGUACAUCAAAUAUGAUUUGCUUUGUUCAUAGUGUAUAUAUGUACAUCUAAAUGUUUUCAAUCUUUGUUGUUGUUGUUGUUGUUCUGGGGGAACCUUUAAAGAUUUUAUGUAAAGCCCUACAAGUUUCUAUUUGACAAAAAUGAAGAAUCUUUAGAAAUCUACAUUUGUUAUCCCUACAAAAGAACCUUAAACCUUUUUUUUCCCUGAGAGUUUAUCUGUUCAGUCCUAAUAAUGUACAUUUUAUGUAUAUACAUAGUAUUAUGUAUACACAUAUAAUGCUUUUAUGAUAUUGCACACUAAGAUAAAAGUGAGUUAAAACACUGUACCAUAACUAAACAUACUUGCAAACUUAUGUCUGAAUAAUCCUGAACUGAACUUUCAUGUUCUGUAAAUAGUUCAGGUAUUCAGCAUUCAUCUACAAUUGUAUUACAGGAAAAGGUUAUUUUUAGAUCAAACAUAAUACCGUUACUGAAAGAAAAGGUCAACUACUUUUCAUUUCACAAGUUUAUUUAGAAAUAAAAAUCAUUUCAUACAUAUUGACAA